GAAGGUUUGACGGUUAUGAAGAAGUUGUCAAUGGUUGGGUUUGCGAUGGGAGCGCGGUGUGACAAUGACAGACGAACAGUUGGUGUAUGCGGUUGUUGAAGGAAGAGGCCAGAUGCAAGGACGGGAAGACAGUGUUAUGGUCGCUGCACUGCCUCUUGCACUGCCCGGUAGCGAGUUGCAACAGCCUCUCGAGAUUCGGACAUCCAGCCAGCAAGAGUUGACGACUGCUAUCGUAAGGCUAGGUGGCAGCCUACUGUACCCCAACUACCUGGGAAGGGACCACGAUCUUGUCGAGGCAAUUGCAGCCACGAGUGCAACGGAAGGAUUAGCAGAUUCACCUAUAUCGCCGAUACAUACCAUCACUGCGCGGAACACAACGAUCAGCGCAACUCAUCGCUGAGACAGAUCGCAGUGCCGUUCGACUCCAUCUUUUGCUUCUCGCGACCGGGUGCAGCUCGCACCGAACAGAAUCAAAUUUUACUUUUUCUUUUCAAUUGGCUCACGCCUGCUUCUAUCGGAAGCUCGUGGUUGACCUUGCAUCGGCAGGCACUACACGGGCACAGCCUGACGUCUUCGGAUGGACAUCAUGGGUCCGCCGGGGCCCUGUCCGACUUCUAUCUUCCUCGGCACAGUUCCUAGUCGUACAAACUGACUUUCUUGAAUUGUAGGUACCUACAGCACCCUCUCGUGAAACCUCCAUCGUUCCCCCGUCCUACAACCAUAGCUCCAUACUCAUAUGACCAUCCCUAGCCAGAGACGUCCUUACCAUGAGAUGCGACGAUGGUGCAUUGUUACGAGACUGCCAGACAUGACUACCAAAGUACCAAAGACCACCAGGCAUACGCGCACUUCCGUUACCAUCAGCUCUCACUUGUUCUUGGUCUGCUUGUACAUGAAGCGUUUUCGUGUCGGAGAGAACUCUCCAAGCUUAUGUCCAACCAUAUCCUCAGUGAUGCGGACAUCGUGAUAUACCUUGCCAUUGUAUACUUGGAAGAUGAGAUUAACGAAAUUUGGCAGUAUUGUGGCGCUCCUCGCUUGGGUUCUGAUAGGUGGCAUCCGUACACCGGCCUUGGGCCGAGCUAUCGGCAGAGGUACAAUGUGAGGACCUUUCCAUACCGAUCGCGCCAGAAGCGCUGUGGUGGACUUCAUCGCGUCGC